GUGAGUGUAUCCCCUUUAUGGAGACAUGUGGCGCAGUCAACAUUAUUGGACGCCAUAGUCUGGGCAUCACUGCCACAUCUGUUCCGACAACGACCUCUCCGUUGCACCACCAUCAAUGAUCCCAUUGAAAGAUACUGAUUUGCCAUGUCUGCGAGCAUACUCUGACGGCUACAGCGUUCUAUCUCCAUUCCUCGAAGCCCUCCAGUGCUAGACUUGGCCGACAUGGCAGAAACCGAAAACCACUUCACUGUCUUCAUCCGGCUGCCCUUCAACCGCGGCGACUUCAUCGAUCCACCGCCUGUAGCAUGGUCUGCAGCCAAGGAAAGUGCACUAUGGAACAUUAUCUCUCGACAAGCGAAGGGAAAUGAGCCCGACUGGCGCGCUCUAUCGGAACAGUUCGAAGUCAGCCAAUCUUUCCUCCUUCAGCAAGCCGCAUGGCUCUACGAACGUCAACUAUCUCAGGUUCGGGCUCAGAUGCGUCGUGUCGGUUCCAGACAAUCUGCAACACCGUCACCCAUACCGGGCUCAGCCACCGCCAGCAUGGUUGGAGGACAAGCGAUGAAGAGAGCCGGUAGCGGCGGAUCACGUGUUCCAUCUCGAUUGUCCACCCAGGCUCUUGGAAGUCCUGUCAUUGCCUCCGGAGACAGUACACCCAAUACGCCAGCGAACAAAAGAUCCUCCAUGACGUUUCGGAGCACCUCAGGUGCGAGCACUGCACUUCCUAUUCAAACACGAGGCGUUCAGGGCACAUCGAGACCAAUCUCACAACAGUCGUCCAAAGACGAAGCACCCACUCAUGCGGCGCAGCCCAGGAGAGGUAGUAUCCAGCACCAACUAGCCAGAUCCCCAGGACAGACACGAAAUCCUCAACCUCAAUCUUCCGACUCCGAGGAUGAAAUGACCCGGUCUCGGAUCCAAGCGCGCCGCCUCAACCCCUCCUCCAUCCACCGUCGAGCACUUUCGCAACGCCAAUCUCUACGUGGCAAUGUGAGCACUUCCACCGACUCCACAGCGCAGCAGAUUCAGCAUACACAUCACGAUGAUGACGACGACGAAGACGAGCCGUCUUUCCUGCCAUUCGCACAACCCGGCAGCACCUCAUCCUCCGCCCGGCAAGAUCCUGGUGCGACUAUCCGUCCCAGCUUGAAUACACAGCAACCUCAACCAGGAGGCCAGAGUUCCCGUCCGAACAUCCCUCGCCGCACCACAUCCGAGCGCAUAGUAUCCCCAAACGUCGAACCCCCUACGCCGGUAGGAGUACGAUCAGAACGAGCUCAAGACCUUACCUCCUCUACGUCGUCCCUAUCACCACCUACACACCCAUCACGCCCGUCGAGCAAUAACAAUAACCCCUCCAAUCCAGCCCAGACUAACAGCUCCGGCUCAAACGUUCCGCGCUUAACGAACCCAUUGUCCCCAACGCACCGCGCCCUCUUGCAGUCCUCACCACGACGCCACACCGGUGCCGGCUCCGACACGUCUCCCAGCAUGGGCUCUUCGUUUUCAGACCUUGACGACGCGAGUGUGACUCAGAGUGCACUUGAGGAAGCACUUCUCAGCGGUAUGGGAAACACUACGAUGACGAUGCCAGGCGGAGGUGUUGCUGGUAGAGUCAGCGGCAUCAGUCAGGCACUACGUAGUCGAUACUUCGAUGCGAGGGGAGAGGGUCAGGGUCAGAACCAAGGGCAGAGAGGUGGUGUGAGUGAGAGGUGAACAUGGACACGAGGAGGGUAGGAGAUGUGAAUGUGUUGGAGUCCUUCAGAUGAACAGCAUGGCUAAUAGCUUUUUAUCCGUUGGGUGUACAUCUCAAGAUACAGUAAUUUUUACAGGGCUUGCCAAUGAACAUGCAGUCUGUCCGACAUGGCGUGCUUCUCGGCCGCGAGAUGCUUCUAAGUGCUGAUUUGAUCAUGCCCACUCUUUCGGAUUCUUGAGAACAUCCAUGAGCUCUCUCUCUUUCUCCUGGUCACCGUCCUCCUCCUCGGGAAUCGCGGCAACGCCGGUACCACAUACUGGGUGCGCAUAUUCCCAACGGGCGGUCAAGGGCAA